AUGGAGUCGGCUAAAAGUGAUUCUUUGGACAUGACGGCUGCGAUCAUACCUCUGCCUGCAUACCACCAUAAUGCCAAGAACUGGUUCUUGCAGGUGGAAUCCAUCUUUUCAAUGCUACGCAUUACUUCACAGCGAGCCAGAUUCGCGAAUGUAAUGCAGAAACUCCCAUCUGAUAUGAUGGACGAAAUUUCUGAUGUCCUCUCCGAUUUGCGCGAGCAUGAACCAUACGAUCACUUAAAGGAAGCAAUCCUCAAGCGAACCGGACGUUCCGAGGAAGAUAUGAUCCAAGAGAUACUGCGGAACGUCACUAGAGGCGACAAAACGCCAUCCCAGCUUCUCAGAUAUAUGAGGAACCAGCUGGGAAAGCACAACGUAUCAGAAAAGGUUCUUCGAGGUUUAUGGCUGGAGCAUUUGCCUAAAUCUGUUGCUCAAAUCAUCGCACCAAUGACGAGAGCCACGCCUCUGGAUGAUUUGGCAGAAUCUGCUGAUCUUGUUUUUGCACAGUUCGACCACAGCGUUAACGCUGUUCGCGCCCCCGACAUAGCAAAGCACGAACGCUACGAGCCGAGUAAAACGGAACGGGCGUUGGCCGACCUUCAACGGCAAAUUCGGGAGCUCCAGAUCUCCCUGCGCCCGCGGACGAGGACAUCGACCCCAUCUCGACGGAGACGAACCCCAGCCGAGAACGGCGAAGCGACCAGGGUGUUUGUUGCUUUCAUCGCACAUUCGGCGAUGGGGCCAGGAAUUGUAAACCUCCCUGUACACACCCGUCGGCCCGGGGAAACGAAUAAACCGGAGAGUCGCGACGACUAA